AAGGAAGGGGGCGUGCCCGGCGGAGGAGCGGGCCAAUCCGGAGAGCAGAUGGCGAAGAGCCAAUGGGAGAGCGUGGCUCGGAAAUAGCGCGCGUGCCGUGGUGCUCGUCUGAACGGCCUCUCUCGCACGCGUGUCCAGAGUCCCGUUCCCAGAUGCCGGCUAACGUAGAGAUCAAGGCCCGGGUGCAAAAUCUGACACAAUUGAUGAGUAAUGCUGAGCGGCUGAGUGGGUCACCAGGCUGUGUCAUCCUUCAGACAGAUACCUUCUUUUCUGUGCCCUGUGGACGGCUGAAGCUGCGUGACUUCCGGGAUGGCCGUGGACAGCUGAUAUUUUAUGACCGUCCUGACGCACAUGGCCCAAAGCUCUCCCAUUAUGCCAUCUCACCCACAGAAGAUCCCACAGGUCUGGCGGCUGUUCUCUCGCAGGCCCUGGGAGUGAAGGGUGUGGUGAAGAAGCACCGUCGCCUGUACAUGGUGGGCCAGACCCGAGUCCACGUGGAUCGUGUGGAAGGGCUGGGUGACUUCAUGGAGCUGGAGGUGGUGCUGGAGGAGCAGCAAAGGCCGGAGGACGGAGAGCGCCUGGCCCGGCAGCUGAUGGCGGAGCUGGGCGUCAGCCAAGAGGACCUGCUCACCGGGGCCUACCUGGACCUGCUGGGAAGGGAGGCGCCUCAGGCCUGAGGCCACCCAGGGACGCUGCGAGGCUGAUGUGGCCGCUGACCUUUCCAGAGCAGGGCGGCUCCCCUUAAUGCCACAGACUUCCAUUCACACCAGUUCGGCACGGAUCCAAGAGCUCCCCCAGCAGGGGUGGCUGUCGAGACUAAAUUGAGCCCUUGCAGAUUGGAAAGGCUGGACCCAAAGAUAAACAGUCUGUUGGCCCAGCUGACUUUCCCCAGACAGCUGCUUUCCGUGUGCCAGGAUCCUCUGAUGCUCCGGGGCAUCUCGGCCCACCGCGCUCGGCCCAGACAGACUUGAGGCAGUAAAUGUCUGAGCUGGAAGCCUCUCCUCCGACCCGCGCACAUGUCGCCCCCAAUAAACGUGUUGUUCUUUCA